AGUCUGCAAUUUUGAAGUAGGGGCUGGAGGAGGUUAAACAACCCGAGCUGGAAACGAUCAGAAAAAGUACAGGCAAACGUAAUGUGUCUCGGUCACGCUGGGUGGUCAUCCUUAUCAGCGAGAUGACGGGAGGUGCAGAUUGCCCCUGGACAGGUAGUUAGGAGUGUGUGCUCCUCUGCGAAAAGCUGAAUACUCGGGACCAGGAUCAGUGUUGUACAUUACUGAGGCCCGGAAUGCCCAAGGAACCAAGAGGAGGUGCCCAAGGGUGUGUAGGGGAGAGGGAACGCAUCUCCCGUCCAGCAAGUAAAAAUGCUAAAGACAAAAGCAACAGUGCCGCGGUUUUGGCCUCUAGAGCGAGAGCACACACUGAACAGGAAACAAAUGGACGUGACUCGCGCUGCUCUGAGAAAGACUCCGGUUACUCGGACACUGGCUCAGACUCUUUGCAGAUUGACGCAGAUGACCGGCAGAGCAGUGUGAAUGAGCCUCAGGUCUGCAAGGGUUUGGGUGGGGCGGAGCAGGGCCCCCUGCAGGGAAGACACAUACUGGUGUCUGGGACACCUGAACUCACUCCUAUAUUCAUCAUUAAAAAUGUGGUGUUGAAGCAGCCUGGGCAGUCUGGUCAGGACCACAUCCUUCCUUCAUCUCUGUCAUGGGAUGGAGGUGCUACAAACAGUCAGGGUCCCACCCACGUCCUCUUGCUACAACAGCCUGGCAUUAAUCAAAGCGCCCCAAUGCACAUCCUCAAACCCCAGCCACAGAGAUCCGAAAGCAAGGGUGUAAAGAAGAGCAAAAACACUUACCUCCCCAUCUUAAACUCCUACCCUCGAAUCGCACCGCACCCGAGUAAGAAAACCCCAGAGAAACCAACGGCCAGUAGAGGAAGUAACACAGAGGAGCACAGCCUGAGUAAGAGAGUAUGCACUGAGGAGAAGAGAGAUGAGGUGUCUACAACCACGCAAGCGGCCAAGCAGCGUCUGCACAAACAGCCAGAGAACAACUUGCUGUUGCAAUCUCAUUCCCUCUCACGUUCACUGUCUGCAGGCCAUGAGACCCUUUCUGGCUCUCACCAGCACCAGAGCCCAUGCCGCCCAUCUAGUCCCUCUGCUUCUCUCAACGUGAGCUCUCCGUCCAUCUCAAGCACUCAGACGCUUUCCCCACCUUCUACCAACAUCCUCAUCCAGGGCAGAAAAGAGCCCCAUAAGCAUUGCCCAGAACCGAAUAGUGACUCUGGCAAAGGGUCAAACAACCUCAAAGGGACAGCACGGCGUCGUCGCUUCCUCAACACAGUGGAGAUUCUGAGCCAGCUGGGACUACUGGACAUCACCUUAAGGACGCAGGAUCUGCUGCGGCAAAAUGCGGCCACCGAACGAGACAUAGCCCAGCUCCGCCAACAUGCCCAUCUGCUUUUCCAGGCCGUCCAAGCAGGUGCUGAUGCUCCGGCUGCCUGGGAGAAGCUCCAACAGGUCAUGGCUGAGUCUGGGCACUAUCCCAGCCUCAAGUGCCUCCCUACAGACAGCAGCAAUGGAGGGUCUCAAUCAAAGGUAGAAGUCGAGGCAGCCACCAGCACCAAACCUGAUACUCCUGUGGUGUACAGAUAUGGGCUUAAUGGCACUGAAGAGGUGGCGCCCCCAUCUCCUCUUCUAGCUCCAAAUCCAUAUGCAGAAUGGCAGUUGACAGGUCAAUAUGCUUCUGUCAGUGAUAGCACCACCGCUUCUGAGCAGAUCAGAGUGCAUAGAGGAAGCGUGAGUCCACCAGAUCAUCCCAUAAUGCCUCCAGACAGCUCUACACAUGGAAACCUGCUUUAGACUGCACCCAGAAACCUGCUGAGCACUUGGCCUUUACAGCAGAGAAACAGCAAGGGAGACUUCAAGAUACUUUCUCGAACAUCUCAAACAUGAUUUCAGAGGUGUUAUCAUUUCCCCAAUAUUCUCCACAGUAACUCAGGGCUGUGCUCAAAGACAGUGUCUUGACUGCGCUGCAUGCCAUCUUCCUGUCUGUCACAUUUCUACUCAUCUGCAUCAGCCAUCACCCAAAGUGUCUGAUGAGAGCUAUACGGAAUUUAACGCACAUGCUACAGACUGCCACUCAUCUAUCUCCAUCAGCUAUUCUGCCCCAUAAUGGAAUCCAGAAGCAACUUCAGGUUUUCAAUGGCCAUUUGCAAGUGUUUUUGAUAGCAACACUUCAUGCAUAGUCGAUCACAGAGAAAUCAAAAAUGACAGCCUGUUUCCUACUUUGUUGAUUUAUAUUAGAGACUAGUUGAAUAAUUUGCAGUCGCUGUCAGUUUGUAGCAUGUAGCGUUUCUGAAGAACAUGACGACUGGGAAUGGUAUUUUGCAAAAAUGUGGUAAUAAUUAGUGAUGAGUUCCCCUCUGUGAGGAAGAAAAGAAAGAUGGUGCAUGAAGGUCCAGAAAAGUCCACACAUGCAAAGACACUAAGAACUGUGUAAGAAUUAUUCCCAUGGUGAUCUUGCUAAAGUCCAUGGAGUUUUGUUCUUCUAUGCAGUGCACACUUCAUUAAUCUCAUUGCAUUGAACUGCUUGCUUUACAUCUUUGACCAUGGACCAAGACGCCCAUUACUCAAGCCUUUUGAAUUGGGUUCGCUGAGAUGAAGGGUCAAAUUUGAGUGUUUAUAUGAGCUGUAUUUCCCAUUCAUUUGAUCACAGAUCAUGACGUUUUUGUGAGCUUUCUUGAGUUAAUAGUGAUUUGUGCCAGCCUUAAUGUAUUCUGCAAUAUCUUUAUAUUUCUUCCCCAAUUCUCUACUAAAGCACCACGCUUUUUGGCACAUUUUUGAUACUCUUGACAUGACAUUAAUGUAUUAUUUGUUGUUGUUGUGGUAUAUUUCCUUUUACUUACUUGCUGAGUAUUUCUGAGUAACAUAUGAAUGUGGAGUCACUGAUUUGUGUCUAAAGAAGUCUUCAGGCUCACACAGAGAUUUUGCAGAAUUCUGAUGUCAUUUACAAAAUUAUGACAAAAGAACAAACGUAAUGUCCGCACACUGAAUUUACUGCUCCAUAAAAAAUUCCAAGAUAACUUGUUAUCUGUGCCUGACGAUGGUCGAAACGUUGCAAUAAAGGAUUUUUUUAUGGAGCAGUCAAUUCAGUGUGCGGACAUUACGUUUGUUCUUUUGUUAUAAUUAGAUUUUUUUGUCCUGCACCUGAGCCCUAUUUGGGUUUGUGGGAUGUGUGCAACUUUUUUUCACUUUGGCAUUUACAAAAUUAUGCACAUCAUCAUUGCAUAUUCAUUAAUAUAAUAUGUUGGUUAAUUUGACUAAGGUUUCAGCAUUUAGUACUUUGGUUUAUGUUUCAGUAGAGCAGAGCUUCAGAUUUUUUCCCUAAAAUACAUACAGAAAAUAAGGAAAAAUUGUUUAACAACCUUAGAGUUAUUUGUGACUGAUUUUUCUUCUUUCAUUAGCUCUUUAAUUUUCUUUUUAUAGAUAUUAAUGGUGUGUUUGUACACAGCAGUGAUCUUAAGUCUAAAUAAAUGGCAGUACAGGAUGGAUGUUCUGAGCCGUGUGUGUUUGAGGGCCUGGUGAAGCGAAAAAUGAGUUUGUGUUUGAAAUGAAUGGCAUGCUAUGGCAUGAUCGAUAUUUGUGCUGCCCGUGUAGCACAAGAAGUACAGUAUGUAAUGCAAUUCUAAUGCAUUUUAAGAAUGUUUGUGUAAGCUUUAUUCUGACAUGAGUGAUAUGAAACAGAAGAUGAAAGUUUGCGUGUGUAAGUAUAUGAUACUUUCAGUGUUUCCACACAGUAUGUUUGCUGAAGUCAGAAUCACCGCAAAAGUUACACUAUUACACUACAUGCAGAUGCAAAUAAAAAGCUUCAUUAAAA